AGUUGGGAACACACUCCGGGAACAUGCAAAGUCAAAGGGAAAGUAAACUUGUGGCCAAGUCAUCGCCGUUAAAAAGAAAAAGAACUUGUGAGCAAGGCUGGCGUCGUCAAGUUUAGUACAGCGAUUAAUAUGCCCACUUGUUUAAUAGUUUUUAACUUUUUAAAAGCGUGCGCAAACAUACGUGUGGUUCAAGACAGGAUAACUCAUUUUAACACAGCUGGUAGGUCAGAGUAUAUCUGGUACAGGUUUCCACAUUUCGAUUCAGUGGGAGUUUCCGUUACCGACUUGAUUUAAAUUAACACCUGAGUCAAGUACAGAUGGACAGAUCAGACCCCAGCUGUGUGUCCAUGAAGAGCGACUUGUCUAUGGAUCCUCCACCUCGGUUACAGGAACACAACGAACUUGACUUUAGUGGAGUCCAGAUGAACAGAUCAGACCCCAGCUGUGUGUCCAUGAAGAGUGAUCGGUCUAUGGAUCCUCCACCUCGGUUACAGGAACACAAUGAUCUUGACUUUGGGAGUAUAAACAAACAGCAAAUAUCAGAGUCACCAGAACCCAUCUGUGUGUCCAUGAACAGUGACCAGUCAUUGAAUCUUUCAUCUAUCCAGAAAAAAGGUCCAGAUUUUAGACCUGAGCCUAAAUGUGCUGAAGUCCUGAACACAUUCAGAUCAAAUCUGAGGAAAAAGUUUCAGUGUUUGUGUGAAGGAACAUCAAUGCAGAGAAACCCAACACUACUGAAUGAGAUCUACACAGAGCUCUACAUCACAGAGAGUGAAAUUGGAGAGAUCAAUAAUGAACAUGAGGUGAGACAGAUUGAGACACAGUCCAGAAGAACAACAACAGAGGAGACACCAAUCAAAUGUAAUGACAUCUUUAAACCUUUACCUGAACAAGACAAACACAUCAGAAGUGUGCUGACAAAAGGAGUCGCUGGCAUUGGAAAAACAGUCUCUGUACAGAAGUUCAUUCUGGACUGGGCUGAAGAGAAAGAGAAUCAGGACGUCCACCUCAUAUUUCCACUUCCUUUCAGAGAGAUCAAUUUGAUGAAGAACAAAACACUCAGUCUUUUAGAUCUUCUUCAUCUUUUCUUCCCACAAACAAAAGAAAUGGAAAUCUUCAGUGAUGAAUAUAAAGUGUUGUUCAUCUUUGAUGGUUUGGAUGAGUGUCGUCUGUCUCUGGAUUUUCACAGCAGUGUGAGGUUGUGUGAUGUAAGUGAAUCAACCUCAGUGGACGUGAUGCUGACAAACCUCAUCAAGGGGAAUCUGUUUCCCUCUGCUCUCAUCUGGAUCACCUCCAGACCAGCAGCAGCUGAUCUCAUCCCCUCUGAGUGUGUUGAUCGAGUCACAGAGGUACGAGGCUUCAGUGAUCCACAGAAGCAGGAAUACUUCAGGAAGAGAAUCAGUGAUGAGAGUCUGUCUGAUCAAAUCAUCUCACACCUGAAGUCAUCCAGGAGUCUCUACAUCAUGUGUCACAUCCCAGUCUUCUGCUGGAUUUCAGUCACUGUUCUAGAGAGAAUAUUGAGUGAAGCGGAGAGUCAAGAGAUCCCCAAGACUCUCACUGAAAUGUACACACACUUCCUGAUCAUUCAGACAAACAUCAAACAUCAGAAGGACUAUGAGAAGAAAGUGAAGGAUGAAGAGAUGAUCUUUAAACUGGGUAAACUGGCGUUUGAGCAGCUUGUGAAAGGCCAUCUGAUCUUCUAUGAUGAAGACCUGAGAGAUUGUGGCAUUGAUGUAUCAGAAGCAUCGGUUUACUCAGGAUUGUGUACUCGGAUCUUCAGAGAGGAGUUUGGUUUGUAUCAGGGGAAAGUUUACUGCUUUGUUCAUCUGAGCAUUCAGGAACAUCUAGCAGCUCUAUAUGUACUGUAUUCAUUCCUGUAUAAGAGGGAUGUACUCAAUGAAUGUUUACUGUCAAAAUAUGCAAACGAGUUAAUAUAUGACACAAUAUCAGAUCUGCAUCAGAGAGCUGUGGAUAAAUCUCUACAGAGUGAGAAUGGACAUCUGGAUCUUUUCCUCAGAUUUCUUCUGGGUCUCUCACUGGAGUCCAACCAGAAACUUCUGCAGGAUCUUCUGAAACGCAAAGAGAAAAUCUCCUGGAGCAAAGAGAAAACUGUUGAUUACAUUAAAACCAGAAUAAAAAUAAAUCCCAAACCAGAUAAAUCCAUCAAUCUGUUUCACUCUUUAAAUGAACUGGGUGAUCAGUCUCUUGUGAAUGAAGUCCAGAAGUAUAUAAAGUCUGGAAAUCUUUCAAACAACAAACUCUCAUCUUCUCAGUGGUCAGCAGUGGUCUUUAUUUUGUUGACAUCAGAGCAGUUAGAUGUGUUUGAUUUGAGUAAAUACAUAAACGGAGACCUCAAAAGAAACAACAUGACACCGGAUGAAGUUCUUCAGAAGCUGCGGCAUUUGGUUCAGGAAUCAAGAUCAGCUGAGCUUUGUCAUUUUGAACUGUCAGAGAAAUGCUGUGACUGUCUGACUUCAGUUAUCUCUUCAAAAUCUUCAUGUCUAAGGAAGAUGAAUCUAUCUGAGAAUAAACAAAUAAGUGAUUCAGGAGUGAAGCUGCUCUCUGUUGGGCUGAAGAAUCCAAACUGUAAACUGAAGAUACUGAGGUUGUGUGAUUGUAAUAUCACAGAUGAAGGUUGUGCAGCUUUGGCAUUAGCUCUGAGAUCAAACUUACACCUGAAAGAACUGGAUCUGUCUGAGAAUGAUCUAAGAGAUUCAGGAGUGAAGCUGAUCUCUGAUGGACUGAAGAAUCCAAACUGUAAACUGGAGAAACUGGAGUUAAGGUGUUGUGGUGUCACAGAUGAAGGUUGUGCUGCUCUGGCAUCAGCUCUGAGAUCAAACCCAUCACACCUGAGAUAUCUGAAUCUGUCUAAAAAUAAAAUAAGAGAUUCAGGGGUGAAGCUGCUCUCUGAUGGAUUGAAGAAUAUAAACUGUGAACUUGUGAAACUGAGGUUGAGUUAUUGUUGUGUCACAGAUCAAGGUUGUGCAGCUUUGGCUUUAGCUCUGAGAUCAAACUCGCAUCUGAAAGAUCUGAAUCUGUCUGGGAAUAAACUUGGAGUCUCAGGAGUGAAGCGGCUCUCUGAUGGACUGGAAAAUCCAAACUGUAAACUGGAGAAACUGGUGUUGUGGAAUUGUGGUGUCACAAAUGAAGGUUGUGCAGCUUUGGCUUCAGUUCAGAGAUUAAACCCAUCUCAUCUGAGAGAACUUGAUCUGUCUGAAAAUAAUAUUGAAGAUUCAGGAGUGAAGCUGCUCUGUGAUGUACUGAAGAAUCCAAAUUGCAAACUGGAGACACUGUGGUUGAGUUAUUGUGGUGUCACACAUGAAGGUUGUACAGCUUUGGCUUCAGCUCUAAGAUCAAACCCCUCACAUUUGAGAGAACUGAAUCUUUUUAAGAACAAACUUGGAGAUUCAGGAAGGAAGAUGCUCACUGAUUUAAAGGAGGACCCACAUUAUAAACUGGAGACAGUGAAUAUGGUCUGGGAGUAUGGCUAUAAAGAUCUUUCCAUGAUCAAAUAUUGACUGUGGACACAUCACUAAGACAUCGAACACAACAUGAUUACCAGUGAUUCUAAUUAUAAUAUCAAUUUUUUACAAUAUUUUCAGUCUAACUGUGUGUGUUGUGUGUUUCCCUGUUUUUAUUUGUGAAAAUAUAUGUAGUUCUAGAACAUUUGCCUUAUCCACAUAAACUCUCAGUUCUGCAGUGGGGAAAUGUGUUUUGAUAUUUUACCGGAAACUGUGUAAGCAUUAUUUGUAACUGAAGGAAUUGAUCUAAUCCCAAACUGCUGUGAAUACUGUUGAUUGUUAUAGUGUCCAAAAAAGCCAAAUCAAAACAGCUUAUCAAACAUCAUAUUUUGAUAAGAUCAGACAUACAUUUUUCUGGAGAUUUAAAAGAGUCUGAUGUGAGAUCUUAAUGAGAUGUAGCUUGGCAUUCUUAAUUUUUCUCCUCCACAUUAUUUUAUAUAUGUGCAGUGUUUCAUACAUUCUGAUGAUUAAGAAACCUGCUAAUUUAAUGUGUUUGUAGACAAGUUUAUUUAUUUUUUUUGUAAAAUAAAUUAAGUGUUUAUUUAAAUAAAAUAAACUGUAUUUUAUUUUGUAUUGAAAUGUCAAGUAACUAACUUUAUACAGUAGCUCCAGUAUUGUAAAUCUGCAACAGCCCAGCAAACACAGAACUUUCCCCUAAUGGUUAUAUGGUUCCCAUUUGGUUAUUUUUUGUAACCAAAUAAGAACGUUCUAGGAACGUUCCCUUUAGGUUAUUUUUAAUAGCCUAAAGAGAACCUUCCCAGAAAGCUCCCUGCAUAGACAAAUGUGGCCCUUUGUAAUUUGUCAUGGGAAAAGUGUAUGUCUUAAACAUGUUUAAAUGUUGUUUUUAUAAUGGUAAAAAAGAGACCGCACUCAGGGACUGAAUCAAAUACAAAAACUGUAUUAAAAUACCGAAUCGUGUUCACAGGCCAUAACAAACACAAGGACAAACAUUUCGGGCUUAGCCCAUCAUCAGUGUCACAACUUCAGACGCCACUUUUUCUCACAUAAAUGUUGUUUUUAACAUUUAGGGCACAGCAUACUGACUUUGUUUUAAAAUAUUCCCGUCUGUUAAAGUCAUGAAGAAAUGGUUGAUACUGUAUUUUUCAUGGAGAACGUGUAAAUCUAAUAUUAGUUUUAAUGCUGUGAAUUUGGACUGAACAUGUUAUGCCUUAAACCAUUUGUAAAAUAAAUUAUUGUUCUGUGAACGGUGUAAAAAUUGUAUUAAUGUAAAUUUUAUUAGAUGUUUUUAAAAACAUGUUCAUGUUUUAUUUCAGAUAUCAUUAAGUAGUUUAUGUGAUUAAUAUUUAUAAUUG